UCAGGUUGCGAUAGUGACUAGUAGGAAGGAAAAUGGCAGAGCUGUCAUUAUAUCUGACUAACGCCAACGUUACUCUGGGACAAACUAUGGAACAAGAGAAGAGUUCCACCACGGCGGUGAAGGACUUCGAGAGCGUGGAGCUCGGCAGCAGCGUGAAGAAGCAGAAGGUUCCACGCAGGACCAUCUACUUCGCCAGCGGGGAAACCAUGGAGGAGUAUAGCACUGACGAGGAGGACGAGGAGGAGGAAGAACAGAGGCAGAAGCAGGCUGCCAUGAGCACUAUUGAUCCGUCCAAGUUGUCGUGGGGUCCGUACUUCUGGUUCCACAUGUGGAGGAUGGCGACCUCUACCAUCUCAGUGUGUGAUUACCUGGGAGAGAGGAUGGCCUCGGUGCUCGGCAUCACCGCACCCAAGUACCAGUACGCCAUCGACGAGUACUACAGGAUGAAGAAGGAGGAGGAGGAGGUGGAGGAGGAGAACCGCCUGUCCGAAGAGGCCGAGCGGCGGUUCGACCAGCAGCACCGGGACCAGGACCAGGACCAGGACCAGGACCGGGACCGGACCCCGACGCUGGAGCAGCCCGAGGGCACGACCUCCUUCGUCAACAUGACGUUCGAGAUGGAACAGGAGUCGCGACAGUCCUGAUCCACACAGGACCGAACGUUCUCGCCGCGUCGGUGCUAAUCCCGUCUAACCCCCGGACUGAACCGCUAACUCUCGCUUUGCUCCUGCGCCGCGCGGCCGACUCCCGCCACUAAUCAUUUCAUGUGUGAUCAUCUCUGUAGGACCUUCUAUCAUCUCAAAAUCCCACCACCGAGCACUUUAUUAGGAACACCCAUCGUUCACCGACUACAUUAUUAGACACCUACCAUCUACUAGACACAGGUGAACUUUGUGGGUAUACAAUGACUGACUGUAUCCCAUUUGAUGCGCACUCACUUCCAUUACCUUGCUCGUUAAUGAAACGGUCAUGGUGUAUAGCAGGUGCAGCAGUGUUGUUGGGAUGAAGUGUUCAAAACACUGCUGCACCCGCUGCACUCAGACAUACACAGAACAGCACACUACCAUGUCACGUCAGUCCCAGUCAGUCAUUGUAUACCUACGAAGUUCUUCACCGGAGAGGUGUUCCUAAUAAAAUGUCUGACACACUACGUUAGCACCGCUCGAACCCCUCAUGACCGCGUUUGACCUGAACCCUAUUCAAUACCAAUCUCAGGCGAGCGGAGGCUGUUAUUGCACCCAGUGUUGACGGGCAUAUAUUACUGCACAUGCUUUUGAUAUGUAGUGCGUUUAAAUCCAUCUCUACUCACUGAUGCUGACAGUGUGUGUGUGUGUGUGUGUGUUCAGUGUGUGUGUGUGUGUGUGUGUGUGUUCAGUGUGUGUGUGUGUGUGUGUGUGUGUGUGUGUGUUCAGGGAAAUGACUCUGCACAUGGACCUGCUUUAUACACACACACACACACACACAUACACACACACACUCAUACACACACACACACUGAACACACACACUCAUACACACACACACUCUCUCACACACACACACACACUCUCUCUCAUACACACACACACUCAUACACACACACACUCAUACACACACACACACUCAUACACACACACUCUCUCUCACACACACACACUGAACACACACACUCAUACACACACACACUCAUACACACACACACACACACACACACUCUCUCUCAUACACACACACACUCUCUCACACACACACACACACACACACACACUCUCUCUCACACACACACACACUGAACACACACACUCAUACACACACACUCUCUCUCACACACACACUGAACACACACACACACACACACACUCAUACACACACACACACACACACUCACACACACACUCAUACACACACACACACACUCACACACUCACUCACACACACACACACACUGAACACACACACACACUCAUACACACACACACUCAUACACACACACACUCACUCACUCACACACACACACACACACACACACUCAUACACACACACACACACUGAACACACACACACACACUCAUACACACACACACACACUCACUCACACACACACACACACACACACACUCAUACACACACACACACACACACACUGAACACACACACACUCUGUUUGAAAAAUUUUAUUAUUUAUUUACACUUUUCACCUUUUUGUAUAGAAACUUACUCAAUAAACUGUUGAAACUCA